CAACACACUAGUGUCAUCAAGCUGCUAUCAUACGUUAGGGUUCAAACCGUGGACGUUAUUCUCUGAUACCCAAACAAGGAAUGAUUAAAUAAUUCAAAAUGGCGACUGUAGAUGACAAGAGUUAUGAAGUUCACAAUGAUGAUCUGUCGCACCAUUUUAACGGAACUCACGAAGUUCUAGAAUGUCCUGAAGAUCUAGAUGAAACGGAAAAACACGACCCGACGUCAAAAUGUAACAAACCACACGACAAGUAUAUUUUAGUCAAGGAUUUAAGCCCUCGCCACUUCCCUUAUGGUUACCAAGACAACGACCUUGUCAAUUUCACCAAACUUCUGUCUGAUUUAACCGUGAGGAUAUCGAUAUCAUACGUCAGUCCAGAUAGACCACAAUUCAUCAGUGGUACUAGUGCUGAAUACCCGGGGUACAAGAACAGGGGAAAGAAGGCCUUGCUAGUGGGGACGGGGAAGGUGUGGGAUGUGGUCAAGUACGCAGAGGACAUGGAUGUACCGGAGAGGACCUACAGGACGUGUCCUUGUCCUAAAUGUCUCAAGUCUGAUACGCCCGAGAAAGUGUGGUGGGAGGCGGUGGUACUCACAGCCAGGCACGUUGUGUAUGAUGGUGAGGAGGCGAGCAGGUCAAAGUGUCGAUUAUGGUAUGAUAGUGUUCAAACCCCCGUGGUUAACAUCUACGGGUUCGAGUUGGCCGGGUCGUAUUCUAACAGGGACAACUGCAUGUUUUUUUGUGCAACCCACGACCUAGAAGUCGGUGAAAAGUUACAAAUUAUGUUGGACCGUUUUGAAGAUCUUUGGUCUAGUGUCUGGAAAAAAUACAAAGACCGCAAUGAUGAAGCGAAUAUAGUCAUCAUAGUGUCGCAUCCUCACGGUAAUGUUAAAAAGGUGUCGGUUGGUCACUGGGUAGACAGGCAAGAGGUGUCUAAAAACAUCACCAGGUAUACGUAUACCAACAGCACAUGCGCAGGUAGUAGUGGGGCGUUGGUCUACAGACUGGGGUAUAAGGUAGCGGAUCAUCCACACAGUGGCACCAAUCCCACGGGAUUAAACUACAGUGGUCUAGAGGUAGACUAGGGCGAUGUAUGGAGCUAACUAAAUAUGGACUGGUCUAGAGGUAGACUAGGGCGAUGUAUGGAGCUAACUAAAUAUGGACUGGUCUAGAGGUAGACUAGGGCGAUGUAUGGAGCUAACUAAAUAUGGACUGGUCUAGAGGUAGACUAGGGCGAUGUAUGGAGCUAACUAAAUAUGGACUGGUCUAGAGGUAGACUAGGGCGAUGUAUGGAGCUAACUAAAUAUGGACUGGUCUAGAGGUAGACUAGGG